AUGGCCACUGCUAUGCAGGACGACCAGUUCCACUCGAUGCCCCCUACCAGCGGCGAGGGCUGUCGCCCUCCCGGGGACCCCUAUGCCCGGGCUGCUGAUCCUCACUCGUCCGUGGAGGACUACAGCCGGGUCAUGCUGGAAUACACUCAACGCCGGAUGGCGGAUUUCGCCGACCUGGACGACGACAAGGGGUCCUUUAGCCGCAGUAGUCGCAGUAGCCAGACCAGCGGCGGCAGUGGAACCUCUACCAGCGGUCUGCUUGCCCGUCAGGCAGCCGGCGCGAGCAGUGCGGCCCAUGACAGCCCCGACGCCGCCGGGUACAAGUCGGGCGUGAACUAG